GUCACACCGCCAUGUUACCAUCAGCAUGAAGCAGCAUGGACCCCUCCAAUUGCAACCGCAGAUAAUACCUAAAAUGCCCUUAUCAUUCAUUCCCCCAUUGACCCAUUGCUCUUUUCUCUUCUCUUCUCUUCUCUUCUCUUCACCACCGUUAGGUUAGGGUUUUCUUGCUCCUUCUUUGUCUUUCCCUCUUUCCCACUUGCAAAGAUCCCGCUCCACUCUCUUUCCAAUACCCCUUUUCAAAAUCUCUUACUCCCUCCAAAGCUUCAAUCUUUCUUGAUAACCCUUUCUGGGACCUUCUCUUUCCUAUUACUCCCUUUUUCUUUUUUCUCAGCUCCCACUUCCAUAGUUUCGAUUGUUGAUCUGAUCCGGUUGCAUUCUUGCUUAAUUUUACGAAUCUGGUUCUUCCAAUCCGUGAGUGCGCUUUUGAAUUUCUUGUGAAGCUUCGAAAAGGGUAUGUUUUCUGCCUCUUACCUCGGCUCUAGGGUUAAUUUCGGUGAUGUUGGUGGGAUUGAUUUGUAUUUGUGAUAAAGGGAUGCGGAUUCGAAUGGGGAUUUUCGGGUGUUGAUUGCGCGUUUAAAAUUCAGGGAUGCUUAGAUUACAGCUCAAGUUUGGUUUGUUAAGGUAGUGCAUAAGAAUUGUUUCUUUAGGUUGGUUUAUGAGAUUAGUGGUGUUUCAGUUUGGAUUUUGAAGCUUUGGGUAUCUUUUGGAAGCUUAUGAGCAUUGGUUUGUUUUCUUGGAAGGCUAAAACAAGUGGUGAUUUUUCACUGGAGUGUGGUUUUGGAUUUGUUUUUGCAAAUGGAUAACUCCAAAAACAGGCAUAAUGAUAAUUUGGGUGUGAACAAAAUGGGGAAAAAUAUAAGGAAGAGUCCUUUACAUCAGCCAAAUUUUGGUAAUAAUGCUGCUAGACAACAGCCUCAGCCUCAGGUUUACAACAUCAGCAAGAACGAUUUUCGGGAUAUUGUUCAGCAGCUUACUGGAUCACCCUCCCAGGAUCCUUCACCUAGACCUCCACACAAUCCACCAAAGCCGCAGAGUAUGCGACUACAGAAAAUUAGACCUCCGCCGUUAUCGCCCAUCAAUCGAGCUCGAAUGCCCUCACCAAUGCCAAUGCCUGCUGCCCCUCCACCAAUUCCUUACAAUAAUGCUUUGCCUAGAGCUGCCCAGUUUGGACACCCAUCACCAACUCCUUUGCAACCGUUAACACCGGGUGAUAUAUGGUCUAAUACAACUGAGUCACCUAUCUCUGCUUAUAUGCGUUAUCUUCAGAAUUCAAUAAUGGAUCCAGGUCCGAGGGGUAACCAAGUUCAGCCUCAACCAUAUCCAUACCCUCAACCUCAAGUACCAGGCAAUGUUCAGCCUCAACAUCCUUCUUCAUCUGCCUUGCUUCCUAAUCCUCCCAUGCUCAUGUUCCCUUCUCCAAGAUUAAAUGGCCCUGUUCCUCCAAUGAAUGCUACUAACCCUCCAGUGCCAGGUAUGCCUUCACCACAAGCAAAUGGCCCUCCCCUUUUACCUUCUCCAACCUCUCAAUUCCUUCUGCCUUCUCCCACUGGUUACGUGAAUUUGCUGUCCCCUCGGUCACCUUAUCCUCUACUGUCACCUGGCAUUCAGUUUCCAUCUCCACUUACACCCAAUUUUCCAUUCUCAACCUUGGGACAGUCUGGUAUUUUAGGCCCUGGCCCCCAACCACCUCCUUCUCCAGGCCUUGCGUUUCCAUUAUCUCCUUCAGGCUUUUUUCCCAUCUCAAGUCCUAGGUGGAGAGAUCACUAGUCUUCUCAAUUUGUGCUUACAUGUUUUGUUGGGGUUGCUUCCUUCUAACUGGAGAGGUCUAGUCUUGUUUGUUCGAAUGUAAUGUACAAUCAAGUUGUAGGAGAUCUUUUUGGCUGCUUGUAGUGUUCAUCUCUCAUUUCUUUGUUUCUCUUUUGUGGACAACCGUAAUGGUUGCAAUCCUUUUACUUUGACAAGUUUUACAUUAGGCAAUAUAUUGAAGAUCAGACAAAACUCAAUUGGACAGUUGGACAGGAGCUGUAUGAUGAAGGACUGAACUAUAACUUGAAGGGAAGUAGGAUUAUAGACAAUAUUUGUUGUGUAUUUUAGUUCAUGUUCUUUUGUAAUAUAGUGGAUUACAUCUUAAAAUGCAUACCUAAUUUCAUGUUAUCUUUCCUAUCGAAGGUGUUUUGAAGUACUGAUCCUAUGGUUAUUACCAUGUGAUUUGCAGUGAACAAUGUUGACGUCUUUUGCAUAAUUUGUUUUUCGUAUGUCAAGUAGUUCUGUAUUUUCAUUUAAUAGCUCUUUUGGUAUAUUUCUUUAGCUGCCUCUUUUGGGGGAUAAAGAGGACAAAGCUAAAAAAGAGAAGGAAACACAGCUUAUAUGCUGAUUUUGAGUAGUUUUAGUAAUCUUUCUUUGGAAAAAUAUUCUGGUAAAUGAUUUUGCUUGGGAUCAGUUGUUUAUGUUGCAACAGUAGAUUGUGUCAUUUGGUAUAAAGAAAUAAAUCUUCAAUUUGAUUUCUGCUUUUAAAGGGGGCAGCAGCUGGUGAGAGAUUAAUAUAGCUACUUCACUAACUAUUAUGUUGAAUUUGUUGCUCUCUCAUGAAGCGUUCUAAAAUCAUCAUGUGUAAUUUUCACCAUUAGGCAUUUGUCAUCUGGUUUUGACCAUCUCAUGGACCCUCCUUAUGAUCUGAUUCUUUUGGCUGUCAAAUUAAUUUAGUGUUUACAACCGAAUAUGCUUCUUCCCUUCAAACUAGUGAGCAUGUGCAAUUGUGAAUGCUAUCCAGUACAUGGGCCUGAAGAUGACUCAGUUCUACUUGUGUCAUACACUGAUAAAUGCCUUUCAGGUGUUUAACUGUCAAAUGACUUUCUUCUAUCUGAUUUUUGGGAUUUAUUUAUUGUUUUUUCACUAUCCAUACAUUCCUUAUUUUGCUCUAUCUUC